AUUUGAAUAAGCAUUGACGCGUUUCUAUUGAAAAACUGAGUUUUUAUUAGCACUCUAUUGAUUUCUUCUUUUUGUCUCAAUAAGCUUCAACUCUGUUUCCACAACCCUAGUUGGCCGGUAGUUCAUUUUCAUCCUUGUUUUCCCUUUUUCGAUUCUCCUACCUUUUCUUUCCUUUUUCUCCCAUUCGCCUUUUGAUUUUUAAUAAUUUUUCCCCAUUUGCUUUCCCGUUUCACCUGUGUGUAUCAGAAAGCCUUACUCCACAACCUCAUUUUUUUCGGAUAGGUAGCUGGAUUUUUGGAGAUCGGACAAACCCACCAGCCAAAAAUCGUUACUUUUUAACUCCACUUCAGUGAAGUAUAAAGUCCUCAGCUGUGCCCCUUAUAGAACAACCAUCUUUGGUUAGUCAAUAUUUUGCUUCCCAUCACUGUAAAACUAGGAUUUUGUAUACUGCAUCUUGUGGGCUGAUAAUUUCCUUAGCUAUUUCUGUUAAGCCCAUCUUCCUCUAGUUGAUUUCUUCCAUCCCAUCUCUGCAAAUCCAGCUUUUGUAUACUAAAUCUUCUGUGCUAAUAGAAAAAAUGACCAGGAUCUGGUUUCCAUAUUGGGUUUUCUCUGUUUGUCUGCUAUUGGAUUCUGUUCAUGUUGUUGGUCUUGGAGUCAACUGGGGAACGAUGGCAACACAUCAAUUGCCUCCUGACGUUGUAGCUCAGAUGUUGAAAGACAAUGGUUUUGAGAAAGUGAAGCUGUUCGAUGCUGACCAAUCUACUCUGAGUUCUUUGGCUGGAAGUACGAUUGAAGUGAUGGUCGCCAUCCCAAAUAACAUGCUUGCCGAUAUGAACGACUACAGCAAGGCCAAGCAGUGGGUCAGGAGAAAUGUCACUCGGUAUAACUUCAAUGGAGGAGUGAACAUAAAAUAUGUAGCAGUUGGGAACGAGCCUUUCCUUUCGUCGUAUAACAACUCGUUUACAAAUAUCACCUUUCCUGCCCUUCAGAACAUUCAGAAUGCACUCAAUGAUGCUGGGGUUGGUGACACCAUAAAGGCCACUGUACCCUUGAAUGCUGAUGUCUACAACUCACCUGAUAGCAAUCCUUACCCAUCUGCUGGAAGGUUCCGGCCUGACAUCAGUGGACUGAUGACUGAAAUUGUCCAGUUCCUCAGUAAGAACAAUGCUCCCUUCACUGUCAACAUCUAUCCUUUCUUAAGUCUCUAUGCCAAUCCAGAUUUCCCUGUUGACUUUGCGUUCUUUGAUGGGACGAGUAACCCUAUAAAUGAUAAUGGGGUUUCAUACACCAAUGUCUUCGAUGCAAACUUUGAUACAUUGGUUUCGGCUCUGAAGGGAAUUGGGUAUGGGGACAUGCCCAUCUUGGUUGGGGAGGUUGGUUGGCCCACAGAUGGAGACAAGAAUGCAAAUAUGCUUUAUGCCCAGAGGUUUUACAAUGGGCUCUUGAAAAAACUUGCUGCCAAUCAAGGUACUCCAUUGCGACCUGGGUAUAUAGAAGUUUACUUGUUUGGACUCAUUGAUGAGGAUGCCAAGAGCAUUGCUCCUGGGAACUUUGAGCGUCAUUGGGGAAUCUUUAGAUAUGAUGGGCAGCCCAAGUUCCCAAUGGAUUUCUCAGGCCAGGGCCAAAACAAGCUUCUAGCGGCAGCAGUGGAUGUGCAAUAUUUACCUCAGCGCUGGUGUGUGUUUAAUCCAAAUGCCAAGGACCUGAGCAAACUUGGAGAUAACAUCAAUUAUGCUUGUACCUUUUCUGAUUGCACUGCACUUGGUUAUGGUUCAUCAUGUAAUGCCUUGGAUGCUCAAGGUAAUGUUUCAUAUGCAUUUAACAUGUAUUUCCAAGUUCAGAAUCAGCAACCUUUGAGCUGUAAUUUCCAGGGUCUGGCCAUGAUGACCACACAGAAUGCCUCACAGGGUACAUGCAAUUUCAUCAUUCAAAUUGUAUCAUUCACUUCCUCCCUCAGACCUUCAGCAGUUGUGUUGUCAUUCAUAUUAGUGCCCAUGCUUUUUUUGGCUUGGUGAUGGUUCUGUAGAUAUAUGUACCUUUUUCUAAUAUUUAUUUAGCUUUGUUAUUUUUUUAGUGGACUUUUUAUAUAUGUGUCUAUUUCUUUUAACUAUUCAAUAAAAUAUUGUUGUUCUUUAA